AUGGCGUUCCGCGCCGCCUCUGUGCUGCUCCUGCUGGCGUCCGGGCAGGCCGCUGUGACGCACACCAGGUUCGUGUGCGGCCAGCAGACGCAGAUCUUCACCUCGACCUCCGCGGACGCCGCGGGUACCGCCGAGUUCUCGGAGAUCACCACGGAGGACGGCAAGUGCAACAUGAUCCAGAAUGCCAAUGUUGCCUCUGUCAAGUUCUGCGGCCCAGGCAAGCUGACACUUUCGCGAAUGACCUGCAGCGAGCACCACGACUACAAGGCACAGAUCGUCGAGCACAGCGCGAGCGGUGGAGUACGCCAACGCUUCCACGGGGCAGGCGCCGAGGGGCUGAUCUCGGAGCUUGCCUACCACCUGGUGUGCUACUGGGUGGCAGUCUCCACGGGCAUCCUGGCUAUGGCGGGGUGGGCGAUUGGGUGGAUCGCCAGCCGUGCCGCCAGGUGGCGAGAAGUUGGACGGGUACAAUUUUUUCGAAUUCAUUUCGCACUUCGAGCGGGUCGUGCUCGAGUUCGAGGCGCGCGAGGGCUUCCAUCCGCACGCCAUAGACAACGACAUCAGUUGGCUUCUUACUUAGUGGUGAUGCGCCGUGGCGGGGGAUGGCUACAGCAUCAUGGGUUACUUGGCAGGUACAGCGCGGGCCUUCGGCGAUGCGCUCGGAUGGGCGACCCGUGCGGUGCCCACGGCGAGGCAGAUAAGGCCCACCACCUACCUCCACGAGCAGGGGAAGCUGUUGAUACUUGUGCCGCGGGUGCCUCUACCGUCCAGCGGGCGGUGAAGGCCGUGCGGAGCUCUUGCUUUUGUCACGUCAGACGUCGCAGUCAUCCCGAUGUGUUUCCUGACACAAAGCGAGCCACAGAGGAAAGCGUACCCAGGCCUGCGGCGGCCCGCUGCCGUAUGGCGCACUGCUGCAGCGGUGCCGGGUACGGUAUCGACCCCAAUUCGGCUGGCAUGGACAGUGUUGGAGGGACCCCUUCAGCAUCAACGAGUUCGGCACCAAGCUCGGACCAAGGUACAGGCGUUGACCCUCAUCAGUCAGGAGAUCAUGCUUGUUUUUCGCACCAUUUUGGUUGCGGGGAGUCUGACACGAAGAUCGACUUCAUGGACGCCUUCUGGCAGCACCCGGGUAUGAGAGGGGGGGCUCCGCAAGAUGUGGAGGCGUUAUGUUCUGCGCUGAAGAACGUGCUGGAUCAGUACGCGUCCCGCCCCACAUCAGCCGCCCCAACAAGGUCACGACGGAAGUCUAAAAGGCAGGAGUCCAAGGCGAGGACCGUCGAGGAGUUGUCGUCCAAGUUAGCCAAGGCGCUAGAGGACGGCAAGAAGGGAGGAUGGACAGCCGAGAAGUUGGUGACCACCAUCUCUGACAUCAUUGGUACGACUGGAGGUACACAGCAGCAGCCGCAGCAGCUGCCGCCGCGCACAGGGCCGCGGCAGGAGCAGCGACAGCAGCACCACCAGGAAGGCAGAGGGGACAGAGGGAAGGAGGCCACCGCAUCGAAGGCAAAGGGAAAGUUGCCGAGGUUAGGAGGCUAUGCGAAGGGCCAGGUGCUCAGCGCUAAUGGGCUGCGGCAUCUGAUCGACGACGGGAAGCUCGACCGGCUACAGGAGGCGAUCCUUGUAGUGGCAUGCGCUGAUGAAGUGCAAGCAUUGCGGGAUCUAGCCAGGUCGAGUGGUAUCAAAAAGAGCCUGGGGGUGGUCACGCGUGAAGACCCGGCCAUCGAGGGCGUCACCAACCAGAAGAAGUGGCUCAGGAUAGAUACCGAGUGCGGAAGGAGUGCCCCACUGGAGGAGCUCUACAUCACCCCCCUGAAGGACACAGUGCCCGAGAUCCCGGCGGUGGAGGUCCCGAAGGCGGCAGGCAGUGUGGCAGCAGCGCCCACGAAGGAGACGGAGACCAUCAGGAUCACCCUUGUGAAGCGCUACGCCUCAGAUGAAACUUGGAAGGCCUCGAUGAUGACAUCGAUUCAUAGCUUGUGGGACGCGUCCGGCGUGACCCGCACAUAUGGAUUUCGAGCUCUUGAGGGAGGAGAGGAAAGAUGCAGGACAUGCUUCGCCACCGUCCAGGCGGGGAAGGUACCUAGCAUCCUGAAGCAGUCUGGCCAGGCGGGCUUGUUCGCCGAGCGCCUGGUGUGCAACGGAGGUAGGUCGGCAGUCGAGUGGGUCACCCAGGACGCCGACGAGGACGAUCGGGUCUACCUCAGCCGGGUGUUGAGGCAGGUGGGGAACGAUGCCAACGGCUUAGCCUUCAGGAGAGGAGGGCAAGCACCGCUAGGCUGGAGGCUCCCGGACGGCACCGUGCCGCGCGUUCCUGAUCGCGCCCUUCCCUGGGAGAUCAAGGGCACGCCGGUUGAUUGGAGCAGUGCCGACGUGACGGGCUUUCUUGAGCAGAACGGCUUCGCCGAGAUUGCCAUGAUGAGACCGAGAUGGGGAAAGAAAGGCUGGGUCGUCAAGGCGAAGGCUCCCUCGGGUACGAAGGAGGCCUCCGCCUACACCAUCGCGGACGGCACGGUCAUUCACAUCGUCAGGGACAUUCGGAGACAAGAAGGAAUGGUUUCGCGCCAGCUAUCGGCGCGCCCUGGAGGAGUCAACAAGGACCUCCAGGAGAAGGAGCAGAAAAGGAAGGAUGCGGAGAGGGCGGUGGAGCCGUGGAAGUACGCGCAGGCCCCCCCCGAUGACGCCGAGGAGGACAUGCCGCCGCAGACUGCCCCGGGGGCCGGGGGCGGCGCCGAAGCCGGCGCUCCCGUCCAGAGCGAGCUGGCCCAGAGGGUGGCUGCCAUAGGCAGCAAAAGGGAAGCUCCAGCACAAGGAGGAAAAGAGAAGUCGAGGAGAUCCUUUCCGGCCUCGGCGAUGGGCUUCAAGACUUGGGACCUCGGUGGCACGGGCGACUGCUUCUACAGGGCGGUGGCCGCGAUGGCCGCAAUCGAGGAUGGGAGAGACAGCCAGCAGAUUGAAACCAGGAUCAAGCAGCUGGCCGCCAAGAUGAGAGCGGAGUCUACCAACUACAUCCGCUCCCAUGAGCUGUGGAAGGACACGUGGGUCGCCGACACGCUGUCGAACACCACGUUGGACGACGGCGCUGUACCCACCUGCUGGAAAGAGUGGGUAGACGCAACGGCCAGGGAAAAUCGCUGGGUCGACGAGCACGCGGCUGCGGCACUCUCAGCCCGAGUGGGCCGUCGCAUUGUGGUCUUCGUACACGACGGCGGCGGCUGGGUCAAGGGAUGGGUCAUUUCGCCGCCCGAGCCUACCCAGGCGACCACCAACCAGUCGAAGCUGGCAAAGGCAAGGAAGAAAGCCUUGGAGCAGCCACCUCUACCAGUUCUUCUCAUGGACUCCCACUACGUGGCGAUGCGGAAGAAGAGGCCGGAAGAUGUGUGGCCCAUGGAGUGGGGCGAGGCGCCGAACACGCCGUACGCCCCCAACAAGCUCAGAGGCGCCGGAAGCGACACCGACGUCGGGAGCUGGUGCAAGGAGAGCCACAGCAGCAGCCAGCAGGGCCGCACAUGUGGUGACAUUUACCCGGCCGGCAGCCCGGGUCGGGAAGGCCGCAGCAGCAACAGCGGGGCCACUCAGAGCCCGCGUGCUUCGCUGUGGUACGCAACGGGAAUCCGAGCCAGCCAGGACAAACCUUGGCGGCAGGCGGGCACGUCGCCGCCGGCUCCCCCGAGCAGCGCCUCAGAGGGAGGUGUCACCAGCUGGUGCAAGCAGAGCGCCUCUUCAGCUUCGGGCAGUGGCGGGGGCAGGAGGAGGCUGCGAGGAAAGCAAGCGGGCUCGUGGAGGACGAGCCGCCCCAUGCCAUCGAUCCAGGAGGAGGCCGCCAGGGACAGUGACCUGCGCGACAUCUCCCCGACGCAGCCCUUCGUACCUCGGGGGCCGCCUCAGGAUCGCGGGGAGGAAGAGGAGGAGGAGGGGCGGGUCUUCGGCCCCGCCACCAGGUUCGAACAUGCAGAGGAAAAGCGGCGGCUGCGGAACAGCAGGCGGCGCGGGACUGCGGCGCUACCACCGCAGCUGGGCUUCCGUCAGCCGAAGGCUACCAGUUGGAGGUGCCCUGUCGCAGGGUGCUCGUUCGUGGCCACUGGAAUAUUCGAACAUGGCCAAGAGGCACGGCAUUACCCAGGAGGGUUUGCGCCACGCAGGAGGGAGGCGGGGGAGUGGAACUACGACCUGAUGAUGAGGCAGAAGGCCCGCCACCGCAAGCGUGAGCACCCAGACGUUGACAGGAGGGUGUUCACCACAAUGAGGGAUCGGCCAGCGAUACUGGUCCCGAAGACGGAGGAGGAGAUCAGGCAGCAGCUGGGGCUGGGCGCAGGUGCCGAGAUCCCGCUGAGCCUGAAGUCGCACCGCUGCUCGCGGUGCCAGAAAUGGUUUCCCGAGUUCGAGUCGCGGCCGCAGUGCGCCAUCAGCAUCACGGCUCACAACGAAGCCGAGCAUGCAGCAGCGCGGCUGGAGCUGGGGGCUAAAUUCAAGACGACUCGGAGGAAACAGAAGGAUCUGGACCUGCAGCGGGCCGCCACGGGCGUCGUCUGCGAGCCAGCCACGGGCCAGGCCAAGAAACAGUACGCUGCGAGGAUGUACGCUGCCCUGCCGCCCGACGCAAAGAAGAGGAGGGUCGAGAGGGCGGCGGAGCUGCAGAGGCACAGGAAAAGCAGGGCACAGCAAAGUGCCGCCGACGGACACGAUGGAGCGCCCGACGCUGAGGCGGGGCGCUCGGGUCUGGAGUGA